AUGCGUGGGAAGAUUACUAACCAGGAAGUCCAUUCUGACCUCCAAGACCAACCUGUCCUAUGUUGCGCCCUCUCGGAGCUUGGACCUCAAAAACUUGCCAAAGUUCAAGGGGGAGACAAAUCUGCUCAGUCCGAAUCAGGUUCUGAUAAAGACGACAAUGUAGCAGCGUUGCCCGCAAGACUUGACAAGGGAAAGGAAGUGGCAGAAGCAUCCGGAAAACGCAAGAGGGUUCUGAACUUGGGACACCUUCAGGAAGGGAUAAAUAUGGAGAAGGAGGGAAAAGGGAUACUUCAUGAUCUGACCUUGGCUCUGAAAGGAAAAGAGGCCAGUUCUUCUGGCAAGAAGGUCAACAAGGUUUUAUUCGUAUCUUCGGAAGAUGGGGAAGAAGAUCCAUCUAAGUAUGCUUCCUCUCCAGAGUACUCCUACUAG